AUGGCUUGUGGGUGGCAAUCUGGGAGACCUAAAGCCAUCAAACAAGGAAGAGGCUCCAACAACAACAGCCGUUCCUACAACAUCAGCUGCACCUAUAACCGCAACAGAGGCUCCAACAACCAUGGCUGCUCCCACUACAUCCACAUCUGCUCCUACAACUACCAAAGAGUCUCCAACUACAACAACGCCACAGCUGUCCCAACAACUACCAAAGAGGGUCCAACAACAACCACAGCUGCUCCCACUACAACCACAGCUGUCCAAACAACGACCACAGAGGGUCCAACAAUAACCACAGCUGCUCCCACUACAACCACAUCUGCACCUACAACUACAACCGCUGCUCCCACUACAACCACAGCUGUCCCAACAACUACCACAGAGGCUUCAACAACAACCACAGCUAAACCAACAACAACCACAGCUGUUCCCACUUCAACCACAGCUUUUCCCACUACUACCACAGCCACCCCAACGACUAAAACAGAGGCUCCAAAAACGACCACAGCUUCACUUACAACUACAACAGCGGCUCCAACAACAACCAAAGUUUCUCCAACUGCAACCACAGCUGCCCAAACAACUACAACAGAAGCUCCAACAACAACAACGGCUACUCCCACUACAACCACAUCUGCACCUACAACUACCACAGAGUCUCCAACUACAACAACGGCUGUUCCCACUACAACCACAGCUGCACCUACAUCAGAGGCUCCAACAACAACAUCAGCUGCACCUACAACUACCACAGAGGCUCAAAGAACAACCACAGCUUCUCCCACUACAACCACAGAUGCUCCCACUACAACCACAGCUGCUUCCACUACAACCACAGAUGUUCCCACUACAACCACAGCUGCUCCCACUACAACCACAGCUGCACCCACUUCAACGACAGAUGCUCCCACUAUAACCACAGCUUCUCCCACUACAACCACAGCUUCCAUAACAACUACCACAGAGGCUCCAACAACAUCCACAGCUGUUCCCACAACAACCAUAGCUGCUCCCACUACAACCACAGAUGCUCCCACUACAACCACAGCUGCUUCCACUACAACCACAGCUGCUCCCACUACAACCACGGCUGCUUCCACUACAACCACAGCUGCACCCACUUCAAUGACAGAUGCUCCCACUGCAACCACAGCUUCUCCCACUACAACCACAGCUGCUCCCACUACAACCUCAGCUGCCCCCACAACUACAACAGAGGCUCCUACAACAACCACAGCUGCAUCUAUAACUACGACAGCUUCUCCCACUACAACCACGGCUGCCCCUACAACUACCACAGCUGCUCCCACUACAACCACAGCCGCCCCUACAACCACAACAGCUUCUCCCACUACAACCACAGCUGCUCCCACUACAACCACAGCUGCCCCCACAACUCUGCCCCUUCAACUACAACAGGCUGCACCCACUUCAACGACAGAUGCUCCUACUACAACCACAGCAGCUCCCACUACAACCACAGCUGCCCCUACAACUACAACAGCUAGUCCGAUUACAACUGCAGCCCCCUAUACAACUACCACAGCUGCUCCCACUACAAUCACAGCUGCCCCUACAACCACCACAGAUGCCCCCACUACAACCACAGCUGCUCCGACUACAACCACAGCUGCGCCAACCACCACCCCAGCUGCCCCUACAACCACCACAGCUGCUCCCACUACAACCACAGCUGCCCCCACAACUACAACAGAGGCUCCUACAACUACAUCAACUGCACCUACAACUACAACAGCUUCUCCCACUACAACCACAGCUGCCCCUACAACUACCACAGCUGCUCCCAUUACAACCACAGCUGCCCCUACAACCAACACAGCUUCUCCCACUACAACCACAGCUGCUCCAACUACAACCAAAGCUGCCCCUACAACUACCACAGCUGCUCCAACAACAACGACAGCUGCUCCCACUACAAUCACAGCUGCUUCCACUACAACCACAGCUGCCACUACAACCACCACAGCUGCUCCCACUACAACCACUGCUGCCCCUACAACUACCAAAGCUGCUCCCAAUACAACCUCAGCUCCCCCAACAACUACAACAAAGACUCCUACAACAACCACAGCUGCAUCUACAACUACAACAGCUUCUCCCACUACAACCACGGCUGCCCCUACAACUACCACAGCUGCUCCCACUACAACCACAGCUGCCCCCACAACUACAACAGGGGCUCCUACAACAACCACAGCUGCACCUACAACUACAGCAGCUUCUCCCACAACAACCACAGCUGCCCCUACAACUACCACAGCUACAACCACAGCUGCACCCACUUCAACGACAGAUGCUCCUACUACAACCACAGCAGCUCCCACUACAACCACAGCUGCCCCUACAACUACAACAGCUAGUCCGAUUACAACUGCAGCCCCCCAUACAACUACCACAGCUGCUCCCACUACAAUCACAGCUGCCCCUACAACUACCACAGCUGCUCCCACUACAAGCACAGCUGCCCCUACAACCACCACAGCUUCUCCCACUAUAACCACAGCUGCUCCCACUACAACCUCAGCUGCCCAUACAACUACAACAGCCGCUCCCACUACAACCACAGCUGCCCCCACAACUACCACAGCUGCUCCCACUACAAUCACAGCUGCCCCUACAACUACCACAUCUGCUCCCACUACAACCACAGCUGCCCCUACAACCACAACAGCUUCUCCCACUACAACCACAGCUGCUCCCACUACAACCUCAGCUGCCCCCACAACUACAACAGAGGCGCCUACAACAACCACAGCUGCAUCUACAACUACCACAGAUGCUCCCACUACAACCACAGCUGCUCCCACUACAACCACAGCCGCCCCUAUAACUACAACAGCUGCUCCCAUUACAACUACAGCUCCCCCUACAACUACCACAGCUGCUCCCACUACAACUACUACAACCACAGCUGCCACUACAACCACCACAGCUGCUCCCACUACAACCACUGCUGCCCCUACAACUACCAAAGCUGCUCCCAAUACAACCUCAGCUCCCCCAACAACUACAACAAAGACUCCUACAACAACCACAGCUGCAUCUACAACUACAACAGCUUCUCCCACUACAACCACGGCUGCCCCUACAACUACCACAGCUGCUCCCACUACAACCACAGCUGCCCCCACAACUACAACAGGGGCUCCUACAACAACCACAGCUGCACCUACAACUACAGCAGCUUCUCCCACAACAACCACAGCUGCCCCUACAACUACCACAGCUGCUCCAACAACAACCACAGAUGCUCCCACUACAACCACAGCUGCUCCCACUACAACCACAGCUGCACCCACUUCAACGACAGAUGCUCCUACUACAACCACAGCAGCUCCCACUACAACCACAGCUGCCCCUACAACUACAACAGCUAGUCCGAUUACAACUGCAGCCCCCCAUACAACUACCACAGCUGCUCCCACUACAAUCACAGCUGCCCCUACAACUACCACAGCUGCUCCCACUACAAGCACAGCUGCCCCUACAACCACCACAGCUUCUCCCACUAUAACCACAGCUGCUCCCACUACAACCUCAGCUGUCCAUACAACUACAACAGCCGCUCCCACUACAACCACAGCUGCCCCCACAACUACCACAGCUGCUCCCACUACAAUCACAGCUGCCCCUACAACUACCACAUCUGCUCCCACUACAACCACAGCUGCCCCUACAACCACAACAGCUUCUCCCACUACAACCACAGCUGCUCCCACUACAACCUCAGCUGCCCCCACAACUACAACAGAGGCGCCUACAACAACCACAGCUGCAUCUACAACUACCACAGAUGCUCCCACUACAACCACAGCUGCUCCCACUACAACCACACUGACCUUACAGCUACAACAAGCUACCACAGAGGCUUCAACAACAACCACAGCUAAACCAACAACAACCACAGCUGUUCCCACUACAACCACAGCUUUUCCCACUACUACCACAGCCACCCCAACGACUAAAACAGAGGCUCCAAAAACGACCACAGCUUCACCUACAACUACAACAGCGGCUCCAACAACAACCAAAGCUUCUCCAACUGCAACCACAGCUGCCCAAACAACUACAACAGAAGCUCCAACAACAACAACGGCUACUCCCACUACAACCACAUCUGCACCUACAACUACCACAGAGUCUCCAACUACAACAACGGCUGUUCCCACUACAACCACAGCUGCACCUACAUCAGAGGCUCCAACAACAACAUCAGCUGCACCUACAACUACCACAGAGGCUCAAAGAACAACCACAGCUUCUCCCACUACAACCACAGCUGCUCCCACUACAACCACAGCUGAACCUACAACUACCACUGCUUCUACCACUACCACAGCCGCCCCAACAACUACCACAAAGGCUCCAACAACAACCACAGCUUCACCUACAACUACAACAGAGGCUCCAACAACAACCACAGCUGCAGCUACAACUACAACAGCUGUUCCCACUACAACCACAGUAUUUCCCACUACUACCACAGCUGACCUUACAGCUACAACAAGGUCUCCAUUAACAAUCACAGCUGCACAUACAACUACAACUGCUGCUCCACCUAUAACCACAGCUGCCCCUACAACAACCACAGCUGCUCCAACUACAACCACAACUGCUCCCACUACAACCACGGCUGCUACAGCUGUCCCAACAACUACCAAAGAGGGUCCAACAACAACCACAGCUGCUCCCACUACAACCACAGCUGUCCAAACAACGACCACAGAGGGUCCAACAAUAACCACAGCUGCUCCCACUACAACCACAUCUGCACCUACAACUACAACCGCUGCUCCCACUACAACCACAGCUGUCCCAACAACUACCACAGAGGCUUCAACAACAACCACAGCUAAACCAACAACAACCACAGCUGUUCCCACUACAACCACCGCUUUUCCCACUACUACCACAGCCACCCCAACGACUAAAACAGAGGCUCCAAAAACGACCACAGCUUCACUUACAACUACAACAGCGGCUCCAACAACAACCAAAGUUUCUCCAACUGCAACCACAGCUGCCCAAACAACUACAACAGAAGCUCCAACAACAACAACGGCUACUCCCACUACAACCACAUCUGCACCUUCAACUACCACAGAGUCUCCAACUACAACAACGGCUGUUCCCACUACAACCACAGCUGCACCUACAUCAGAGGCUCCAACAACAACAUCAGCUGCACCUACAACUACCACUAUUUCCCACUACUACCACAGCUGA